GCAGCAUGUCUUCUUAUCAGUCCAGCAGCAGCACUUCUCCCAGCCAGCAGAGUCCGGCCAUCCAUGGAGAAAGGGCAAGUGUGAAACCAUCAUCAACAGCAAUAGCUCAGAACUCCAGAACUUCCAUCCAGCAGUCUUUAUAAGGAUCUCAAGGCAGAAAACAAAAACUGGAGCAAACCUGGGCAUGUGGAAUUCUUUUUUAACACUCAAUUCUCAUGACAUUGCUGAAUUGCACUAUGAUGGAAAUGGUCUUCUUGUGCUCUCUUUGAAAUUGGAUUAAUCUAGCCCAGCUAUCCCAGAAGUGCACCAUGGAUGAUCAUUUUACAAUGCCUUCACUGCUUGGUGAGAACAACUCAACUCUGGCUCCAUCACUUUCCAUUUUGAUGGACAAUGAGACACUGGUGAUGGAUAAUCAGACUGCCAUUAAUGGAACCACUCCAAUAAAUUUCACCAGAGCCAUGCUCGUUGGAUUCACCCUUGGUGCCUUUAUAUGCGCUGCCAUAGUGGGCAAUAUCAUGGUUAUAAUCUCAGUGGUGACAAACAGACAGCUGAGAAUUCCCACCAAUUACCUGGUCGUGAACCUGGCCAUUGCAGACUUGUUAUUGAGCACCACUGUCCUACCUUUCUCUGCUACUUUGGAGAUAGCAGACUUCUGGGUAUUUGGGAGAAUAUUUUGUGACAUAUGGGCUGCCAUGGAUGUCCUCUGCUGCACAGCUUCAAUUUUCAGUCUGUGUGCUAUCUCUAUAGAUAGGUAUAUUGGAGUUAGAUACUCCCUUCGGUACCCCACCAUAGUGACCAGAAAAAGAACCAUCUUGGCCCUUCUGUGUGUCUGGAUUUUGUCCACUGUUAUCUCCAUUGGGCCCUUGUUGGGUUGGAAACAGCAAGCCCCCAGUGAUGAAGGUGUUUGUGAUAUCACCACUGAGAUGUUCUAUGCCAUCUUUUCCUCCUUGGGUUCCUUCUACAUCCCACUGAUAGUCAUCUUGGUGAUGUACUGCAGGGUCUACGUGGUAGCCAAGAGAAUAACCAAGAACCUGGAAGCUGGUGUGAUGAAAGAAAGGAUGGAUUCCAAAGAGCUGACCCUCAGGAUCCACUGUAAGAACAUGCAGGAGGACUCCCACAAUAGCAGCAAAGCCAAGAACCACCAGCCUCGCAGCUCCUUAUCUCUUAAACUGCUUAAAUUCUCCAGAGAGAAGAAGGCAGCCAAGACUCUGGGCAUUGUGGUUGGCAUGUUCAUCUUGUGCUGGCUACCAUUCUUCACAGCUCUCCCACUAGCUUCAAUCUUCAAACAGCUGGAGCCACCUGAAACUCUGAGGAAAGUUAUAUUUUGGCUUGGAUACUUCAACAGCUGCAUCAACCCCAUCAUUUAUCCCUGCUCCAGCAAGGAAUUCAAGAGAGCCUUCAUUCGCAUUUUGAAAUGCCAGUGGGGAAGCAGAAGACAUGCUGGGAUGAGGAGAUCACAGUGCCGGCCAAGGAGUAGUAGUACCUUCACCCAUUCCAGGAAAGAUUCUAUGGAUGAAAACAGACACUUUAUAAAUGGGAGCCAGAGGACCAUCUUAUCUAAUGCACCAAGUCCUAGUUUCAAAAGAAAAGUAAAUCAAACUAAAGACAACAGAACUCCUCACGACUGGAAAUUGGGCAAUUUUAAAGAAGACCCAACUCACAAGGAGGUUCCGGGAUCCAAACCAGAAAAAGAGAGUUCCAAUACCUGCAAUACCUUAACUUUCCCAGUUUCUCCUGAAUUAAAUCAACAUAGUUCAGACACAACAUAUGUGCAGGACACUAACAGUUCAGAUGUCAUGUCACAUAUACCAACAGAUAAAGGCCACAGAUAAAUACCAGGAGAAAUAAUGGUUUAAACAAAAGGCAGCCAAACCUGUAUUUUUAUUCAUGGUUGGGAUUUAUAACUAUGUAGAUUGUUUUUUUGUUUUUUUUGUUGUUGUUAUUGUUGAUGGUCUAAAUUAUAAAAUCUGGGAAAUAUUUUUAAUAUAGAAUUUAAAAGGUGAUAUUAAACCUUUCAAAAUUUCUAAAUAAGAAAAAAAAUGUACGAAUAAGAAUGGUCAACCCAGGUCAAUUAUCAGAAACACAGGUGUCUUGGACAAGGCAGAAAGGUGCUGUAUCUACCUGCAUGAAAUGUUUUGAAGGCAUUUAAAGUGUCAUUAUAAAUCAAUGGGGGAUUUUAACAAUGUGAAUAAUAAGCUUACAUUGCAAACACGUCAUCAUUACAGAUAUAUCCAAUGCUUUGAAGACUUUCUGUCAUUGUUUCAGAAUAUCUGUAAUUAAUACAUAAUUACUUAAGGAAAUCACUAAAUAGAUUUCUCAUGCUUACACUGCUUUGAACAAUCCCUGUUAAUGUUCUGAAUCGGUGAUUGCUAAUUUCUGCAGACUUAUUUUCUGUCCCAUGAUGCUCAGCCAGCCAUUAAAGUCACACUGUAACCACAGUGUGUAGUAGUGGUUAUGAUACCAGGAGUGCGUGGCACCACCCUAUUGUAAGUAGUCAAGACAUUUUAUUAUGGCUUGACUUCUUACCUGGGUCUGCUGAGCACUGCUCAUUGUCUCCUCUACAGUCAGAGGUCCAGAAGCUGCGGUUUAGGAACUUCUGUUAGCACCAUAACCCUUACAGCGCACUGACUCAACUAAUUAAGUUCAAGUUGCUAAAUUAUCUUGUGAUUCAUUUGCCAGUGCACUCCAGUUUAAUGCUCAGUGAAUAAACCUUCACAGGGCCGCUAUCAGAAAUUUUGGGGCCACUUACACAGUUCAAGGUCUGGCCCCCCUGGGCUUGCCCUCAAAGCCACCCAUUAGGAUAAGUAAAGUGAGUGCAGUGUGUGUCUAUAGUGAAUGCAAUGUU